UCUAGAGCGCGCUGCAUUCUAUUGCCAGAACUGAUUAAUUUUUCUUCCUUAUCUUUGCUCCGAAAUUUGUAACACCACAACCCGGCAUAAAUCUUCAAUUAAUACAUAAAAAACUUUCUUUAUUGGUUAUGAUUGCAUUACCGUAUGUUUAUAAUGUGCGAAUAAUUAAAUAAAAAUUCAUAAAUAAAUUAUGAUUGGUGUGAAGUAGUGAAUUUAAUAAAUUCUCAAUUGUUGCGGGAUUUUCGUUUGUAAAAUAAACAAUGAAGCUGUUGAAACCCAACUGGGUGUCUCAUGAUGAUUUUCCGAUAUUUUCUGUGGAUAUCCAUCCUGAUGGCAAGAGAUUUGCUACUGGAGGCCAAGGAGGAGAUUCUGGGAGAGUUGUCAUCUGGAAUAUGGAGCCAGUUAUCAGUGAAGCCACGGAACUAGAUCAAAAUUUUCCUAAGAUGCUUUGUCAGCUAGACAAUCAUUUGGCUUGUGUAAACUGUGUGCGAUGGAGCGCUGGAGGUCUUCUGGCCUCCGGAGGUGACGACAAGGUAAUUAUGAUUUGGCGCUAUCACGGGAGUGGAGGAAGCGCGUCAUUUGGUGGUAAAUCCAGUGUCGAGAGCUGGCGAUGCGCUUCGACACUCAGAUGCCACGAAGGAGACGUGCUAGACCUGGCCUGGGCACCCCACAGUCCUUGGCUAGCAUCUGCGUCCGUUGACAACAGCAUCAUUAUCUGGGACGCCUCCAACUUCCCAAAUAUCAUCGCGAUUCUCAAAGGUCACACGGGUCUCGUCAAAGGUGUCACAUGGGACCCCGUUGGCAAGUAUUUGGCUUCCCAGUCAGAUGAUAAAUCUCUGAAGGUUUGGAGAACCACGGAUUGGAGCGAGGCGACUUCGAUAACAGAUCCUUUUGUUGAAUGUGGUGGUACAACUCAUGUUUUAAGAUUAUCUUGGAGUCCAGAUGGUCAGCAUUUGGUAUCAGCUCAUGCCAUGAAUGGCGGAGGACCUACUGCUCAGAUAAUUGAGCGAGAUGGUUGGACAUAUGACAAAGAUUUUGUUGGUCACCGUAAAGCUGUUACCUGUGUAAGAUUUAACAGCAAUAUAUUCCAAAAGAAACAAGGUGGAUCUUCAAAAGCGCGUGAAUAUUGUUGUCUGGCAAUUGGUUCUCGUGAUCGUGCACUUUCGGUGUGGCUUACAUCAUUAAAAAGACCUCUGAUGGUCAUCAACGAAUUGUUCACCCACUCCGUGCUAGAUGCAAGCUGGUCGCCAUGUGGCUUAAGAUUAGCUGCUUGCUCUUGGGACGGUACCGUAGCGUUUAUGGAAUUCACCCAACAAGAAUUAGGUCGGCCGCUAAGUCCUGAAGAACAGAACAAUCUUCACGAUCGUUUAUACGGCAAGUCAUUGGUUCACGGAGGGUUCACAGUAAUGGAAGCACCAGUUUUGUUGAAUAUGAAACCACCAGCACCAGCAACUCAAUCACAACCCGCUCAACCAGUUUCAAACGGUUUCUCUUCUUCAGUUUCAUCGUCGCCUUCUCCUAUAAAAGCUCCGAUAAAUAAACAAAUAGAAAUGAGAACUUCUGAUGGACGAAGACGAAUCACGCCAAUGUUCAUUCCUCCCCCACCAGAUACAGUAAAUUCUAGUGAAAGUACCGACACCACAGCAGCGAUAAAAAAUACUCCAACUUUUUCAAGCACAUCUCAGAUUAAAAGUUCUAUCGUAAUUGAGAAACGUGACGACGUCGUUGCGCCUAACGUUACUACGACGACAAACAUGGCGACGCCGUCAACAUCGGCACCAGGACUUACGUUGAAGCGUCGCGACCCAACAACCGCUCGGCCUAAUCAUCAUCAUCACCAUCAUCAUCAUCAUCAUGGUCGAAAGCUGCGUUUGGUAAACGAUAAACAAGGCAGCAUUGUGUUUCCGGCGUUGAAACCCGUAGGUUCUCUGUCACACCAAGCCGCUCACUAUGCUGUGACAGUCACAAACAAUCAAAAUUUAGCUCAUCUACAAGUCUUCCGAGGCACCGACUCAGAACCGACGUGGAACCUUCACUUAGGCUACAGUGCUGUCGCUUUGGCUGCUUCUGCGGCUGUCAUCGCCGUAGGAUUGGAAGACGGAAGUAUCCAUACGUUUGAUCCUACGAAAGGAUCACGACCUGCACCGCCUUUGGCUCCACCAGCUCCUCUUGCUAAACUCCAUGCUGUCGGUAAUGCAGUCAUGGUGAUAUCUUGCUGCGGUGCUGUUCGUGUUUGGGAAAUCGGCAGCACGUCAAAACUUAUUGUAUCUACUUCUGCUAGUCAUUUAGCAGCUUUUGGAGGGUCUUUACUUUCUUGUACGCUGUACAAUGGAAUGCCGCAUCUCGGAUUUACUAAUGCUCGAGCAUAUAUUUACAAUAAAGAUAUGGGAACAUGGUUACUAGUUGGAGACAGUCAUGAUCCAGUUUGGCGUUGGUCAGCCCAAAGUGCAUCGACUUUAGUUGGUAGCAGAACACCACGUGGUCCAUUGUCUUCAUUGCAAGAAGCAUUGAAUCGAACCGCCGGCGGUAUAAUGCCUAGUCCAAGACCACCACACAAUGGCUCGAGUGUUGUUUCGUAUCUAGAACAACAGUUACUGGCUUCAAAAGCUUUAGGCAGUCAGCAAGAAUAUAUCCAUUGGUUCAUGGCUUUAAUUUCGUUUCUAUUAACUCAAGAUGGGCUGGAAAAAAGAUUACGAAUAAUGCUUGAUGAUCUGAUGGGACCAAGUCACAGCACUGCGGCCAAAAGUAUGUGGGACCCAAUGAUUCUUGGUAUUAGAAAGCACAAGCUUUUGGCAGAUGCUCUUGGAGUAAUCGGCGGACAUUUACGGUGGCAGAGAUUAUAUUUAGAGUAUUCUGAACAAUUAGCUUCGCUCAAAAGCUAAAUUGAAGAUCAAUUAAAUAAAAUUAAUCAAUCAACUAAUUAACUUAUUAAAAUAAAAACUAACACUAAAACUAAAAGUGAAAAAAUCUAAAGUCUACAGUGAUAUUUCUAAGUAAGUUUACACAAAAGCAAUUUAUAUUUUUAUCAUUAUUCUAAGGAGAUAAAAAUAACAGAAAAA